CACGCGACGUGCUUAUAUUCCACUCCACAUGAUUACUUCUUUCUUAUAACCGUAAUUAAAGAGCUUUAGGUAUAUCCUUCGUCAACACACGACGAAUAAUCAAACGACAGCCGAGCCAGCCGAGGGUCGAGAGGCAGGAAAUCGUAGCUCGUAGCGCGCACGCCGCAUCUCGCGUCACGUAGGCAACCUCUGCUCUGACGGCUCAUUCGUUUGGAUUCAUUCUGCGGCCUGCGAUCGUGGGACGAGGGCGGGUGCGUGACGUGCGGACAGUGCGUAACGCCGAUUCUCGGAGACAAGCUCCUGUGUGCGUCGCGAGGGACCUCGUCGCCGCUUCGUUCGCACGGUUCCAGUAACUGAAGGGAACGAAAACAUGGUAGUGCUUAGCAGCUUCUUGCCGCCACAAGAAGGGAUACGUCACGAAGAACCAAAUACUACUUUGUAUAUCAAUGAUAGAGAAGUAGGAAAGGGCACAUUCUAUAUCACAGAAAGUGUGCUUUCUUGGAUGGACAAUGACACGCAACAAGGAUUCUCACUGGAAUAUCCUGACAUUACAUUACACGCUAUUGCACGAGAACAAGUUCAUCCACGACAAUGUUUAUAUAUUAUGGUUGAUGCCAAAGUAGACCUCCCAGAUAUGCCAUUAGCAUUAUCAUCUCAAAAUGCUUCGGAAAACGAGGACGACGACGCAAACGCUUCAGAAAUUACAGAAAUGCAGUUUGCGCCAGAUAAUACGAAUAAUUUAGACUUAAUGUUUCAAGCAAUGAACGCGUGUCAAGCGCUUCACCCUGACCCAGCAGAUAGCUUCUCAGAGGAGGAUAUCUACGAAGAUGCUGAAGAAGACUAUGAGGGCGAAUAUGAUGAGGAAGUAGGCGCUGGCGACGCACCUUGUAUUUUGCCAGAGCAAAUGGGGACCAAUUAUACGGGAGCGGAGGCGGAAGAAGCUAUGGACAUUGAAGCGGGUCAAUUUGAAGACGCGGAAGAAGAUCCUUAAAAAGAUCAUUAGAUGCAGACGUGCAUUUAGUGUUAAUUUACACGCGUUUAUCAAUUUCAUAUAUGUAUUUCGGUAGAUAUACGUGACGUCGUUAUUGCAAAACUUACUAUGGAGCCGUAUCAAACGUUAAAGCACUUAAACAUUUAUUUAUAUUCAUUUUGUACAUGGUGAUAAUUUCCUAGAUAAAAAUAAAUAAUUGUACAUCACAA